AAACUUUAAGCUUAAAAUCUAUAAAAGUGUCGACUCGAAUGAGUUUAAAUUUAGUAUUUAACGGAUUUUAAGCAGGAAUAAGACGCAGCUCGUAGUACAUAAUGAAAGCUUUCGCCAUAAUUGUCACAAUAGUGGCAUGUGCUUAUGCGGCACCUACUGCGGAAUUACAGCAUCCCAGUCCGGUUAAUCCUAAUGUUUUAGUGGAAAUAAAACCAGAAGAGAAAAUUAUUUUAAUAACUGAUCCCAAAGAGUUGGCUAAAUUUAAAAGAGAAACUAAACAACCAUUGUAUCCGACUGUUUUACCUGGAGAACAUGUACAUCAUAGAACUAAACGCGAAGUAUCACAAAAACCCGAAGAAUUCCAAAAACCUCAAGUUUUAUCGGAUAUUUUACCAGCAGAAGUUGUAGCUGGGGAACCAAAAAACAGUCUUCAAGUUGAAACAAUAAAUAACAACAACGAUAAUAAGAAAUCUCAAGAAGAUCAGGAGAAAGAUGAACAAAAUAUUACAACUGAAGUUUAUCAAAAACCUCAAGGUCUUCCAGCCAUAUUUUCUCCUUCAAAUAAAGCUAUACAACAGCAGAAACGUGACAUUCCCGUACCAUUAGUAGCAAAACAUCAGCAUCCUGAAGAAUCUCCCAAAGAGACUAAUGAAAAAGAAACCGACAAAGAAACUCAUGAUGAUCAGAAAGUAAAAGAAGUUUUUCAAAAACCUCAAGGUUUGCCAGCCAUAUUUUCACCAGCAACUGAUGGUGUACAACCACAAAAGCGUGAUAUUCCAGUGCCUUUAGUUCCAAAGUAUCACCAUCCUGAGGAGUCUCCAAAAGAAAGCAAUGAAAAAGAAGAUCAUAACAAUCAGAAAGAAGUUAAUUUAGAAAAUCAUCAUGUUCCUCAAACAUUGCCCGCUCACAAUGAAGAUCAUGUUACAACUGAUGGAUUCCAAAAACCUCAACCACUUCCUUUAAUUUUAAAAGAUAAUCAUGAAGACAAUCAACAUAAACGUGAUAUUCCAGUACCUUUAGUUCCAAAGUAUCAUCAUCCUGAAGAGUCUCCCAAAGAAAGCAAUGAAAAAGAAGAUCAUGACAAUAGGAAAGAAGUUAAUUUAGAAAUUCAUCAUGUCGCUCAAACAUUACCCGCUCAAAAUAAUGAUCAUGUUACAGCUGAAGGAUUUCAAAAACCUCAAACACUUCCUUUAAUUUUAAAUGAUAAUCAUGAAGACAACCAACAUAAACGUGAUAUUCCAGUACCUUUAGUUCCAAAGUAUCACCAUCCGGAAGAAUCUCCCAAAGAAAGCAAUGAAAAUCAUGACAAUAACAAACAAGUUAACUUAGAAAUUCAUCAUGUUCCUCAAUCAUUACCCGCUCAUAAUGAAGAUCACGUUACAACUGAAGGAUUUCAAAAACCUCAAACCCUUCCUUUAAUUUUAAAAGAAACUCCUGAAGAAACUCAACAUAAACGUGAUAUUCCAGUACCUUUAGUUCCAAAAUAUCACCAUCCUGAGGAGUCUCCAAAAGAAAGCAACGAAAAAGAAUAUCACGAAGAAAAGGAAAACGUUAAAACUGAAAAUCACAAUGUGCCUCAAACAUUAGAAGCUCACAAUCAGGAUCAUGUCUUAACCGAAGGUUUGCAAAAACCUCAAACACUUCCUUUCAACUUAAAAGAAACUUCUGAAGACACUAAACAAAAUAAGCGUGAUAUUCCAGUUCCCCUAGUACCUAAAUAUCACCAUCCUGAGGAAUCUCCAAAAGAAUGCAACGAAAAAGAAAUUAAUAAUGAAAAUCAUGUCCCUCUAAUACUACCAGCUCACCAUCAGGAUCAUGUCAUCAUAGAAAGUAACCAAAAGGCUCAAACACUUCAGGAAACUCCAGAAGACUCCAAACAAAAUAAACGUGAUAUUCCAGUACCUUUAGUGCCUAAACACCAUCAUCCCGAAGAAUCAAUCAAAGAAAACAAUGAAAAGGAAUCGCCUGAAAAUAAGAAAGAAGUCAAUUUGAAAAAACCGCAACAACCUCAAACAGCUGCCAAAGAAUCCAAUGAGGACCCGCAACAGCAAAAACGUGAUGUUUUGGAAACUAAAGGUGGAUCGUCAAAUGACAACAGUAACGAAAAGAAACCACACGAAGAAAAUUCUCAACAACACCAUGUUCCACAAAUUCACCACAUUGCUCAGACCUUACCAAAUUACCAGCACGAACAACAUGCUAAUUUUGAAGCCAUUCAUAGGCCUCAAUUUUUGAUCAAACAUCAAGAGCACCAUAAUGACAACGAUAAGAGUGAAGAUGAUGUAAAACCACAUCAUAUAUCUCAAACAUUGCCCGCACAUAUUCAUAAACAUCUUGCCGCGGAAGGACUGCCAAAAUCUCAAAUUCUACCAGCUCACAAUCAGGAACACAUAAUAUCUACAGCUGCUCUAACCCAUUUACCCGCCCACUUUCACCCUGAAGACUUAAAGAAACCACAAACUUUACCAGCAGUUACACUUCAACAAAAAUCAGACAUUUCCGCUCCAGUUGUGAGUCAUCAGCACGAAGAAGAGAAAAAAGCCACUGAAGAUCAUCAUCCAAAUAAACAUGAAGUACAAGUGGAGGAUCUUUCAGAAUCUAAACCAUUUCAACAACCUAUCCAUCAUGUUCUUUCCAUGCAAGGAGAUCACAAGCCAAAUAUUCUAGAUGAUCAUUUAAGUUCUCAUGAUUCCACAACUUCAACUACAACAGUUAAUCCCAUUUUAAGACAUCGACCAGUGCCAGUUGCAGAACUUUUUGCCAGAACCCAUGGUAAUUGA